UAGUAGUCAAGUGACCAUCGUGACAUGUCAUUUCCCUGCAAGACACUGAUUGGUCUGGUCCACUGUCUUUAAUGAAUAACAUACGUGUUCAAUAUGAAGUCGUUCUUCGUUUUAGCCAUUCUGAUCUCAAUGGUGGCAGGUAUCGUGGCUAUCGACUGCUACCAAUGUAACGGUUCCGGUUGUGAAGACCCUUUUGACCCAAGUGGGUCCGGGGUCAUUAAAGGUUGCACUACUCCGGAAUUUUUCUCUCAUUGUCAGAAAAUUGUUUACGGAUCGGAGGUGACUCGAUUCUGCGCCAGUUCCUGCCACGAAGGCUGUUCGGGUGACGUGUGCACCCACUGCUGUACCUCCGAUUUCUGCAACGGAGGGAACGCCUUGACAACCAGUCUAGUAACAGUGGGUGUGGUCGUAUUCGCGGGCUUUAUCCUGACCAGACAAUACGAUUAG